AUGGGAAGUCCCAAUCGCCUCUGUUCCAUUUCCCUGGCCGCCCCCUUCAUCUUUGCUGUCCUGCUGCUCAACGCCGAUCUAGGGUCGUGCGACUGCUUCAAACGCAUAUUCACCUUCGGCGACUCCAUCACUGACGCCGGCAACUUCGCGUACACCGGUCGUAACAAUAAAAAUCCGGGUCCACCCUCUGUGCCCCCUUAUGGAGAGACCUACUUCCACCGUCCCACGGGACGCGCCUCUGACGGGCGUCUCAUCGUUGACUUCUACGUAAGAGCAAAUGUAAUAUUGUUCUCAUCAAUUUCUUUCAUAGCAUGUGUAAUGCGUUAUAACAUCAGUUUCAUUGGAUUGGAAAAGAGGAUCGAGCCUGGUCGGUUGGUUCUUGGUUGGGUGUUGUUGAGACGAUCCAAGCCACCAGCAAUUCGAGCUUGUCUUCAUGCGCAAUCGUUGGGCCUGCCGCUGCUGCCGCCGAGCCUGCCCAAGGAGAACACGGGCCAGUUCCCGGCCGGCGCCAACUUCGCCUUGUACGGUGCCACGGCGCUAAACCCAAACUUCUUCAAGAGGUAUAACUUCGGGGUGCCGUUUACUUGGAGCCUCGACGAUCAGCUGGCUACAUUCAAGAAAGUGCUCGCACGGAUUGCUCCGGGAGAUGCUGCCACCAAGAGUCUCCUGAGCGAGUCGCUGAUCGUGUUCGGUGAGAUUGGCGGCAACGACUACAACUUCUGGUUCUUCGCAGGACACGGCGGUGACACACACACGCCCGAGCAGUACAUGCCCGACGUGAUUGCCCGCAUAGGCGACGGCGUCCAGGAGGUGAUCAACCUCGGUGCCAAGACGGUCCUUGUCCCGGGGAACUUCCCCAUCGGGUGUGUGCCGGCGUACCUGAGUGGUAACAAGAGCAACAAGUCGGCGGACUACGAUCAGUACCACUGCCUCAAGCGGUUCAACAACUUCUCCCAAAUGCAUAAUCAGUUGCUGAAGCAGGAGGUCGGCAAGCUCAAGUCGCUCAACGCCGACGUGAAGAUCAUCUACGCCGACUACUAUGGUGCUUUCAUGGAGUUCGUCAAGAAUCCCAGUAGGUAUGGCAUUGACGACCCUCUGGUGGCGUGCUGUGGUGGCAAUGGCCCCUACGGCACCGGCCAUACGUGCAACCAGACGGCGAGGAUUUGCCCCGACCCGUCCAGGUUCGCCAGCUGGGACCAGGUCCACAUGACAGAGAAGGCGUACAGCGUCAUCGCCAAUGGGGUGCUCAACGGCCCGUACGCCGACACACCAUUGCUCGACGUUUGCUAG